AUGUUCUCCUUCGGUCAGACCGGAGACCUCUUUGAUCGAGGGCUCGACCAACUAAUGACGUACAUGGGCGAAAUGGGGGGGAUUGCCGAGAAGGAUAACAAAGCGCUCCCUAACGCGGACAGGCUUCUGCCGGAUGAUGUUCCCGAGGAGUCGGUUGGGGAGGGAGGUAGCCAUGACAAUUUCGGCAUGUUCGACUCAAACCCGUUCGGUGCCGUGAAUCUCGCUGCGUCGUUUCCGGAAGGCUCGUGCGAGCCGCAGCUAGUCCCGUGCGCUCAGAAGCCGGCUGCGACGACGACGACGACGAACGACGUCGCCGACUCAGUCGCAGACGGAGCGUUCGGAUCGCCUGACGCGUUCAGCUCGCCGGACGGCUUCGCCUCGGAGGAUUUCAAUCUGUCGUUCGGGAUGGAUGACGUGGAUGCGAUGAACCAGCAGGACCUUCGUUACAAUCUCAUGCUCAGAGGAGCGGGCCUUGCAGAGCAUUCUACCGCGGAUGCUCCGUCUCAUCCCAAGAUGGAGUUCCCGGAGUACCCCGCGCAUCACCCGAUGAAUCAUCCGAUGUAUCCGCCGCACAUGCCGCUCUACUAUCCGGGAAUGCCCACCAUGCCGGUUCCCUACUACGGCAUGCCGUACCCUCCCUUCGCGUACAACCCGUGGAUGACUCCUUAUUCCUCGCCCUUCAUGCCUCCUCAACAUGCCAUGCCUGGAACUAGCGCAAUGCCCACCGACCCUGCAGCCAUCGCGCGUCAGCGUCGCCUUGUCGCGGAUUCCGUGCGCGGAAAGCGUCGACGACACGCACACCAUGCCUCCUCGCAGCUCCCUUCCGCCGCAUCUUCCGCCAUGCCGUCCGUAUCUGGUUACGGCCACCCUUUCCCAUCCUCACCAUCCAUGCUCCCCUGGACUCACGUCAAUCCCGAGGCUGCUGACUCAGUGAACACCGCUCCCCCUUCGCCGUUCGUUCCUGCUGCUCCCCUGCCGCCGUUCUCCCCCGCCGUCGUCCCGUCGUCUCCCAAAGCCGUCGCGUCUCCCGCACGGUGCGCCUCGCCUGUCCCCGCAUCAUCCCCCACUGCGGUGGGAAAAGGCGGCGCGGGGAAGGCUGCGGCGAAGAGUCCGCUGGGUAGAUCUGCUCCUCCUGCUCCCGCUGCUGCUGCUGCUGCUGCUGCUGCUGCUGAUGGCAAAUCUCCUGCAGUGAAGUUCUCAGCUGAAGCGGAUGUCGUUGCUGCUCCAGCCGCUACCCUGCCGGUUUCGCCUGUCCUUAAGAUUGAAGAGGACGUGUUCGUUCCUACGGCUACCGCUCCCGUUAUCCCCGCCAUUGCCGCCCCUGCGGGCGGGCAGCAAGCUAAGGGAGGGAAGGCUGCGGCGAAGCAGCAGCGGGAUGAGAGGCGCGUGAAGCGGCUGCUGCGGAACCGCGUGAGUGCGCAGCAGGCGCGGGAGCGGAAGAAGAAUUAUGUGUCGGAGUUGGAGCAGCGGUGCGAGACGGUUGAGAGGAGUAACGCGGAGAUUGAGGGGGAGAUUGCUGCGCUGAUGGCGGAGAACGAGCGCCUGAGGCAGUCAAUGCGGAGAGCCAUCAGGCAUCGUAAAUCAAGCAUUAGAGAGCCUGGUGGUGUGGGAUUCGGUUCGGUCUUCUUCCACCGCAUUGCCCUCUGCGGCUACGAGUUUGAACAUGCCCACCCCUUCUGUCCCCACCCUGCCUUUCCCUAUGAUAACCCCUUUCCUCCUCGCCCCUCUGCCCCCCCUAAUCAGCUCUACCUGAUCAGUCGUCCUGCCUCCUCACCUCCUUGCCUUCUUCCCUCUCUUGCCUUGAGGCUGUCUCUUGAUUCAUGCGUCUCCUUGCCACUGCCACCCCCUGUAAGCCCUCCCUUCCUCUUCCGCCCUCUGCUGACCGAAUGUGUUCUCUCCGACACGCGCUUAGCCCUCCUCUCCUCCCUCUUCUUCUGCCUCACUCCCGCCUCCACUUUUUACUCUGCCAUAGGGAGAACGGGCAUGCUGCGCAUUCUUGCCUCCUCUCCUCCCUCCCUCUUCUUCUGCCUCACCCCCGCCUCCACUUUUUACUCUGCCAUCUAUUCCGAAAGCCUAUUCGCUCUGCUCUCCUUCGCUGCCAUGUGGCGCGUUGUGAGUGGCCGAUGGUUCUCGGCAUCCCUCCUAAUCGCCCUCUCAGCAGCAGUGCGCUCAAACGGCGUCCUGCAUGCAGGCUUCUUCCUCUUCUCACUGCUGCAGGUAUACUAUCAUCUCCUCUUUGCCUCCCUCCCUCUUUGCAUCGCUGCAGGUGUGUUCUCACUUCAGGUAUACUAUCAUCUCCUCUUUGCCUCCCUCCCUCUUUGCAUCACUGCAGGUGUGUGCUUGCUGCACCUUGCAAGCGUGCACUCCCUCCCUCAUAAUCUCCCUCAACCCAAUACCGAACUGACUGGCUCUGCUCUUGCUCCCCUUCCUCUUCCUCCCUGCCUCCACCUCUCCUUCAACCAGCAGUUCCCACAUCCAACCUCUGUUGCAGUGGCAGUUCAGUGCUGUCAGGCCGCAAGGGCAGCAGGGCCCUUCAUUCUCCCUCUCCUGCCAUUCCAGCUGCUGCAGCGGUUGAUCAAUGCUGUCAAGAAGCAAGGAAGUGAACCGAGAGAGCAGCACCCCCCUCACAAGUCAUCUGAGAAAAGGGCGGAGAGAAGAGUGGCAGCAACGGAACGGGCAGCAGACCGAAUCGGGCCGCUUCUGGAAAGGAAGCGGCAACUGUGCCGCAAGAGGCUCCUACCCAUCCUCCUCUCCACCGCCCUCUGCUGCCUCCUCUCCUUCUCCCUCCUCCUCUCCUUCCAAUUCUUCCCGUUCACUCAGUUCUGCCGCCCUGCUGCUAGCACUAGAACGUCCCCGGCCAGUGGCUACUCGCUUCCUCUCCUCCUCACCUCCUCUCUACUGGUGGCAACUCGCUUCCUCUCCUCCCCACCUCCUCUCUACUGGUUCCUGGCACAUCUCCUCACAUCGGGACAUUCCAAGCAGUCUCAAUCCAAACCCCCAUCCCCCUCACCCCACAAAUAUCUUCCUUUUGAGCUACAGGUAGCAACUCGCUUCCUCUCCUCCUCGCCUCCUCUCUACUGGCUCCUGGCCCAUCUCCUCACAUCGGGUGGCAACUCGCUUCCUCUCCUCCUCACCUCCUCUCUACUGGUUCCUGGCACAUGUCCUCACAUCGGCAAAUACCGAGCUCUCUAA